UUUGGGUCUAUAACUCACUUUUCUGCAAGCAGGCUGGGAGCAGCUGCAGCUUCCGCASCACCUCACCGUGCUCAGCAAGACCUGCACUGAGCUAGACGUCCCUGGGAGGAAACUGAAAAACACAUCCAUCAGCUUGACCUCCAUUCCUGCCAGCUUCUGUUCCAGCCAUGAAUCCUGCCCGGCCUUGGAUCUUUCCUCUUGGAUGCCUACUGCUUCUGACAAAGGCAGCCGAAUGCUUUAUUUUGCCCAAUUCGAGUCACCUGGAGAGCAUUUUGAGUAAAUAUCAGGAUGAGGAGCCUCAUGCCAGAUCCAAGAGAGCCAUUUUGUUUUCAGACAGACAGGAGAUAUUGAUGCUCCACAAUAAAUUAAGAGGUCAAGUUUAUCCAUCGGCCUCCAAUAUGGAAUAUAUGACCUGGGAUGAUGAGCUGGAAAGAUCAGCCCAUGCUUGGGCUCAGCAGUGCAUCUGGGAUCACGGGCCUAGUGUCCUCAUCAGGUCAAUUGGACAGAACCUGGCUGUUCACUGGGGCAGGUACCGCUCUCCCGCCUUCCACGUGCAGUCCUGGUACGACGAGGUGAAGGACUACACGUACCCGUACCCCCACGAAUGCAACCCCUGGUGCCCGGAGAAGUGCACGGGAUCCAUGUGCACCCACUACACCCAGAUAGUCUGGGCCACRACUAACAGGAUCGGCUGCGCCGUGCACGUCUGCAAGCAAAUGAACGUCUGGGGAGAGGUGUGGGAGAACGCCGUCUACCUGGUCUGCAACUACUCACCCAAGGGCAACUGGAUCGGGGAAGCCCCGUACAAGAGCGGCCGCCCCUGCUCCGAGUGCCCGCCRAGCUACGGGGGAGGCUGCCAGAACAACCUCUGCUACAAGGAUUAUCGCUAUGAGGAUACCCUAAUCCCCGAGAYGGAUGAGACCAAUGAAGUGGAGACCUCGCAGGUGGCAGAGCACAAGCCCGUGUGGUUCCCCAGCGUGGAGAACAAGCCCACCAAGACUAUCAAGACCAAGAAGGUGGCCGUGGACAGCUACAUGACACAAGUCAUUACCUGUGAAACCAAGAUGAGGGACAAAUGCAGAGGCUCAACAUGCAACAGGUAUCUGUGCCCAGCUGGCUGCCUGUACAGUAAGGGAAAGAUCUUUGGAACAUUUUAUUAUGAGAGUUCGUCGAGCAUUUGCCGCGCUGCCAUCCACUACGGCAUCCUGGACAACAAGGGCGGCCUGGUGGACAUCACGAGGAAGGGACGGACACCGGCGUUCGUCAAGUCCACCAGAAAUGGGGUAGAAUCCUUCCGGAAAAAUAAGCCUUCAAAUGCAUUCAUGGUUUCCAAAGUCACAACGCAGACGCUGGAUUGCUAUACCACGGUGGCCGAGCUGUGCCCGUUCAARAAGCCGGCGUCGCACUGCCCGAGGGUUUAUUGUCCAACCCACUGCAAAGAUGAGCCAUCGUACUGGGCACCGGUGUUUGGCACCAAUGUCUAYGCAGAUAGCUCCAGUAUCUGCAAAACAGCAGUGCAUGCGGGAGUCAUUCCAGAUGAAGAAGGUGGUUUUGUGGAUGUGAUGCCCGUAGAAAAGAAGAAAAUCUAUGUUGGCUCCUUAAGGAACGGAGUCCAGUCCGAAAGCUUGAAGAGCCCUUUGGAYGGAAACGCUUUCCGAAUUUUUGCUGUGAAGCAGUAAAUUCCCGGGAAAGGUGCAAGUUUCUCUGGGAGAGCGCUCCUUUGGUCUCAAGAGACAGGAAGGCUCCUCUGAUGGCAUCAGCUCUGAACGUACCCUCCUUGCUGAACUCUUUCAGGGAAUUAAACAAGGAAAAAAAAAAGAAAAAGAAAAAAAAAAAAAAGAAAAAAAUAGACAACAGGUUCUGACUCAGCUGUUCGCAUCUCACGGCACCAGUUCAGCGUUGUAUCUUCUCGUUUCGUGUUUUCAUUUUUUGUAGGGGCAUUCAGCAAUGACAGACUGUUGGGACUCCACUUCCCAGGAGAGGUGUGCUGCACAGAACCGGGGUGGCUCAAYGCACGGCCAGCGCGGUGGCCUCUGCCUCCCCUUGGAUGGCAUCUUAGAGAUGGAAGCGUCUACUUUUGCGUGCCCCAACAAGGGAAAGCGUUGACCUUGAGAACGUUUUGAGUUGKUUUUUUUGGCGUUUUGGGUGUCAAAGAAGGGCAAAGUGAGUGUUUUCCCAGCAGAGUGACACUGAGGGAGGCUGCUGGAGCGUUGCGUUGAGCUAAGUAGCGUGACGGGAGAGGACGUUUCUUCCAGCCUGACGCUGAGGUUGGCUGCAGGACGGAGCAGGGUGGGUGGGAGGUGGUGGCAGAGCCCCUCGCUGCAGAAAACGAGGCCACUGGAUAAUGCAAACAGCAGGUUUAGUGUUUGCUGGUCAAACAUUUGCAGGUACCUUGUAAGUCUCGUAACCUAUGCGAAGUCAAUGAAUUGGGGCUCCUGUGCUGGCACAUCUCAUAUUAUAUUACAUACCAUAUAAAAAAAUGAAAUUUCAGUUAAAUGCAGUGUAUUGUUUUAUACAGCAGUGCUGGUUGUUUUAUCUGUAGUAGUCAAGCAGUUAUAAAACUAGUCUUAUUUUUGUUAGGAAUGGUUGCAUCCUUAUGAAGCAUGUUCACUUUACCUUGGUGAAGUUCUUCGUUGUGUGUGCAKUUCUGAGACCUUGGAUAUAUGAAAUGAAUCGGGCUCGAUGAGACCCUCCCGUUUGGUUUGCAGAACCCGACUUGCAGUACGAAUGUUGCAUCCUGGCCCAGGGCAUCCAGGGUGCUGCAUUGGUAAAACACACAGGUGUGGUGAUGAUAAUAUUUAAUGUUUUGUUAUUUAUGUCUCAACAAGCAUCCAAAUGCAUUUCCAAGACUAUCUGAAUGAAAUUAAAGCGAGCCAAAAGUAUARCCUGGCAUAAGCUGCUCUUGAAAGCAAGAGAAUGUUCCUUAAUUUGUAUUUGAAAUGGGUUGUUAGGCUUGGUGUAACCAUGCACACACAUCCAGUAACUUCAUUAGGCAUGAGAAGGCAACGUAAACUUUAGUUCUUCAGUUCAUAUAAACCCAUAGUCCCUCUGCUCAGUAACUUGGUUAUAAUAUUGUAUAACAAAUGGGAAAAUAUUUCACUUUAUUUGGCACAUGCCUCAUAGCUGCUCUUAGGCUCAGGCUAUGUUCAAUUUAAACUAGGGAGACAGAAAGCCAUCUCGUCAGGCUGUUUCAAAACAGAGACCAAAAAUGUUUACAUAAUUAAACCCUUCUUUAAUUCCAYGAACACCAUGAAAUCAACAUGGAAAUUGCAUUUAUCGGUCAGUUUGUCUCACAGCUGAGGUUUUCUUUCUCUGUGGAAUCUGAGCUGGAAGGAGCCUUUUGUAAAGUACAAAGAUGGGACUGCUUUGCACUGUCUCUGAGUUCUGCACAGCRAACCUUCCUUUGUGACAGAUACAGAAAAAUGACUCGAUGUGUCGUCUUUGUUUAUAUGGUAUCGUCUUUCWAGGUGUACAGUAUUUGCUUUAGAUAGGGAAGAAUUAGUUAUUUUUCCUUACUAGGUAAAUUGGUAUUAAAAACAGCUGGAACAAAUCUUAGAAAAGCUGCUGGUUGGAAGGGUCUGAGGUGUUGGCAGUGAGAAAAGGCUUCCCUGUUUCUGCCUGYGGUGGUUAAUGAUGCUCUACGUGACCCAGUGCAAGCCCAGUAGAKGCUGCAUCAUGAAACCAAGGCCAUCAUGGGCUAAAUAUUAGCCACAGUACUGUGUAUUUCCUAUGACUUGGGAGGUGUCAUAGAUGCAAGCAGAUAUCCAGUGGAGUCCUUCCUACUGGCUUCAUGGGAUUUGAAAAGCACAUAAAGCACAAGAGAGCUUCAGUAGGAUGCCACCUCUAAUAUGCUGUCCGUGACAACCAUUGAUGUUGUAAAAGGGUGGAAGGAGAGGUGAGAGAGGAGAGGGUUCUUGGAGAGAAGUCUUGAAGGGUCAGCGUAGAACACCUAGAAUAAUCCAGCCAACGUGGGAUGCAUCUACCUGACAAAAAGAAGGGGGCGAGGGAAGAAUUUUUAUUCCAACAAAAAUUUUCUAAAAUGCCUAAUCGAAGUUUCAAUUGCAUAUUUUUAUCUUCAGCCAACUGGUUUGGAUUUUUAGAAACUGGUGUUAUUUAAGUCUGUAUCUGUUUAUUUUUAUAUUUGUUGUACAAAAGAGAAAUUGUGACUUUACUACACAUAUUAUUUGAGUUCC